GGAUGGGCGAUGAGAGAGAAGAGGUUGUUGAUUCAACAUGCAACGAUGAACAGCGCACAAAGGAGUCUCUCUUGUUAGAAGUCGAACUUCUCAAAAUGAAACUGACACUACUGACUGCCACCACGUGCUCAAAGUGUCAGCAGAACUGCGACGGGAGUGAUGAUAAGGCGGAGUUAGAUGUGAGACAAAUGGUGGCAGAGGUGUCAUCCUCGCCCCUGGAUUUCAACUAUGUACAGUCCCUGGACAUGUACUACCACUACAAGACUGGAUACUACUUCCACGAUGAUUCAUGUCUUUUCUUCGACCCAAUUGCAAAACAAUAUCUUAUGUUCAAUCCGAGGACUUCGCAAUAUCAGCCGAGCAAGGUAAAUGAUAAGAAUGAAGAGUCCAAAGAAGCUGUUGACAGCGUGAUGACCGAUAUUUUAACACGUGAAAUGACUGCUAAUGAUCAUGAGCCAAAACACGAAGACGAAAAGGCGGAAGUGGUAAAAACUUCUCCUUCUAAAUACGUCUACGACACAAAUUCAGGAUAUUUCUUCAACCCGGUUUCGGGGAUGUUUUUCGAGCCCAUAUCUCGCCGCUACUUCAAAUACGACCCAGAUUCAAACAGUCAUUACGAAGUGCUGGAAACAGGCGAACGGGUUGAAUCUCAAAACGGAUCUCAUCAUACAAGUGAAUUUACGUUGGAAACCAGCAGCAUCAGACUUGUUGUGUUGGACUCACAAAGUCUCAAUCUGGGAACUCUUUUCUUUGCAUCUCCAACUUCAAACGAAAGUGAUAUUUUAAUAGGAAAAAACAAGCGAUGCAACAUUUACUUGCCCUCAUAUUGCGUAGAUAGCGUCGAGCAAUUCCAUUGCAAAUUGCGACCGGAUAAGGAUGAUAAUGUGUGGACCAUAAGAACCGUGAAUGAAAAGUGUCGAGCUGUUCUGAACGGGAAAAAAUUGGAGCCAUUUUGGACCAAAUUAACCCAUGGGGUCAACUUGGAAUUGGGCUCUUUGAAACUAGCUGUGCAUAUACAUUGCGGGUACAAUGUAACUUGUGAUGGAUGUGAACCAGCUUUGGUAGAAGCUUUCUUUGCGAAAAAGAAAAGACUCGAAACCACAAAUUCGGAAACUAAUGGUGCUGUGAAUAUGAACGGAGAGAGUGUAGGAAUCGAAACACAGCGCAGACGGACAACCCAUUUGAUUAAAGAAUCGCUAGGGUUGAAUACUGGGAGGCGGAAACUUCCAGUGGGCUACGAAGACAGAGCCGAGACUCGUCGUCAGGUAGUCGGCUCCGAACCCAGCAUCGGCUACAGCAAAGAAACAAAAAACUACUCAAUGACUCUAGACGAGAUCUGUGCCCAGCAUCCAUCCAGCACAGACAAGCCACUGGAUAGUAACAAUGUUGGUUUUAAACUCCUGAAAAGUAUGGGUUACAAGGAGGGAAAAGGGCUGGGAAAAGAGGGAAAAGGCAUCAGUGAACCAAUUAAAGUGCAAUUGAGGGAACCCAGAGCUGGUUUAUCAUCUGCGUCUGUUAAAUUUUCUCUCGAUGACCAAGAAAAGGCAAGCAAGUAUCACAAACAGUGGGGAAAGGCCCUCAAACGCUUUGCAGAGCUCGAGAAAAAUUGAAAAAGGUGCUAUUUUUAAUCUCGGAAGUUCAGUUUAUUGUCAGCUGAUAAAUUAAAUUUUAAAUCAA